AUAAGAAAUUGUGACACAGUGACGCCACGCAACCACUUUUAGCCAUCUCAUAUAAUAUAACAGAUAAUAAAUAAAAAAAUGCAUGCGAUAAUGAGAAUUUAGUUCCACAUAUAAAAUGUCACGGACGCUAGUGUUGUGCUAAGGAGUGCCGUGAUAGAAUCGUGAAUAGUGUUGUGAUGUUGUGUGUGAUGUGAUUCUAGUCACCAUGCGGCUGACGUUGUGUCAGCUCAUCGUGUCCGCGGUACUGGGUGCUGUGAUCUCAAUGGCGCCGAAGAAUGGUACCGCUACGGGAAGACAUCCAAAUUAUGGUAUCGUGGGUGCUGGUCUACCGCCUAAUGCUCAGCUGCACAUUCCACCAGGACCAAUAUCACAUAUGGUGGCAGUAGCGGGGGAGCCUGUAUAUCUGCCAUGUGACAUCGCGACAGAAGACGAAGAUGAUGCAGUCCUACUGGUGCUAUGGUAUAGAGAAGACUUGGGCACGCCAAUAUACAGCGUGGACGCAAGAGAGAAAGACUUCGGUAUAGCGGAAAGAUGGUCAGAUGAGAGUGUGUUCGCGUCUAGAGCAUAUUUCCUUCCCGAGAGGAGACCAGCGGAACUGGGCGUGGACCGCGUGCGACCCACAGAUCAAGGCCUGUAUAGAUGCAGGGUGGACUUCAAACAGGCACAGACGAGAAAUUCUAGGAUAAACCUUACUGUUAUUGUACCACCAAAUAAGAUGGUUAUCACAGAUGAUAUGGGUGACACAAAGCAGGCGAUAGUGGGACCUUACGUCGAAGGCGACUCUUUCACGUUGAAAUGCGAUGUCUCUGGAGGCCGACCUCGACCAUGGGUAAAAUGGUACAGAGACGAAGUAGAAAUGGACACACCAGUAACAGUCCUACCGGGCGGGGCGGUCCGCGGCGUGCUCCACGUGGGACCUCUCACCCGCACGGACGUCCGCACCACACUGACGUGUCGAGCGUCGAACCAUGUGCGCGCGCAUCCUAUUGAAACUACCCUCACUUUGGAUAUGAAUUUCCCCCCGCUCACAGUACACAUCCUGGGCUCGAACCAGCCGCUGUCCGCGCGGCGCCGCUACGACCUGCUCUGCCAGAGCGCCGGCUCGCGACCGCCCGCCUCCAUCACGUGGUGGAAGAAUGGACAUAGGAUUAACAAUGCUAAGGAGACGUUAUCAACAGACGGCAACACAACAACGUCCACAGUGUCCUUACAACUGACGAAGUCGGACGCGGGCGCGAAACUCGCGUGUCGCGCGUCCAACCCGCAGAUGCAGUCCACACCGCCCUUGGAAGAUGACUGGAUAUUGGAUAUACAGUAUGUUCCAGAAACCGUAGUGCGGUUAGGAACGAAUCUGGACCCAAAGAACAUUCGAGAAGGAACAGACGUUUACUUCGAUUGUAUUAUAAAAGCACAUCCCUAUGUCUACAAAGUCGAAUGGCGGCAUAACGGAAAGAUGCUCAGCCACAACGUGGGGCACGGCAUCAUCAUCAGCAACCAAUCUCUAGUACUACAAGGUGUUGGUCGCAAUACUGCGGGCAACUACACGUGCGUGGGGUUCAACGCGGAGGGCGAUGGGGAGAGCAAACCCUUUACACUUGAUGUGCUUUACGCGCCGACGUGCCGCAGCGCGCAGCAGCGCGUGCACGGCGUGGCCAAGCAGGAGCGCGCGCACAUCACCUGCCACGUCGACGCCAACCCGCCGCUAGUCACUUUCCGCUGGACGUUCAACAACACGGCGAACAGCAACGAAGUGAGCGACACAUACAUAUCGCGGUCGGGCACGAGCUCCACGGUGACGUACACGCCGCACACGGAGAUGGACUACGGCACGCUGCUGUGCUUCGCGCGCAACCGCAUCGGCGACCAGCGCGUGCCCUGCGUGUAUCACAUCAUAGCAGCCGGUCGACCGGACCAGGUCCACAACUGCACAGUCGUGAACGCUUCUCUAACAUCAUUCGGUGUUCGAUGCUCGGAAGGGUUCAAUGGUGGCAUGCCGCAGUCCUUUCUUCUAGAAGUUAGAGAAAUUGUAACACAGGAGCUAGUAGCGAACGUAUCGAGCGCUGUCCCACGCUUCACGGCGGCGGGCCUGUCGGCGGGCCGCACGUACGCGGCGGCCGUGCUCGCCUUCAACGCGAAGGGCCGCGCCGAGCCCGUGCCGCUAAGGGUCGCUACACUGCGCCCGCCUGAGAAGCACCAUGUGCAUGAUAAGAGCUUGGACCUCCCGCGCACCGCAUUCCAACUAUCUGGCGCAAUGUCCGCCGCAGUAGGUGGAGGUGGGGCACUCAUCAUCCUAGUCCUUGCACUAGCGGUGGGCGCGAGACUUCGUUGCGGACAACGCAAACCACGUGCACCGCUAGCACCUGCGUCACCGGAUAAGUUGCGGGAUAAGGAAGAUAGUGAGACGGAUGAUCGCAACCCGGAUAUUAUACCCGCUGAUACGGAACAUUUACAGAUGGAAUACUACCGCCAGCAGCAAGUGUCCACAAUCUCCCCCCCGCCCGGUGCGCGCGCGCCGCGCGGCUCGGUGGCCGGCGUGCGCGCGCUGCCCGCGUACUGCGCACUGCGCACCACCACACCCACACCCAUGCAGGGGGAUACCUCGUCCCAGCAAGGCAUCCCGCCGCCCGCGGGCUUCGGCUCCGGCUCAUGCACAUUACCGCGCGGCUCCACAACCGAGCGCUGCAUCCCGCUACACCACUUACGCACACUCCCACGCGCCCUACCCACACCACUACCGCGACACACACACACACAACACACACAACUCGCACACACACAACUCGCACACACACAACACCCGCACACACAACACCCGCCCCGCGACACGCCGCUCUGACAGACCACGCAGCUAUAGGACAAUGGACUGUAAUACGUAGUGUAACGGUUUCGGUGUGUUGUGUCAAUAAACGUGUUGAAACUUUGUUGUUUUAUUUCAAGGGAUGUGUUGUGAGACGGUCUACGUGUUGUGAGAAUUGGGGUUGAUUUAUUUCAGUGAAUUAGCAUCCUCGAGAUCAAAAUAUGUCAGUGAUCAAAAUAUAAGGAUCAAAUAUAUAUUUAUAAUAGUUUUGUUUAAUAAAAAUGUGUUCAUUGCAAUAUGACGAUGUUUGUAUUUUUUGUGACUUAUUUUUAAUCCUAUGUUAAUAUUGAUUCUAUUUAAAGUAGGGUCAGCAACGAAAGCAUCCUUAUAAUAUAUAAUUUUUAAUGCAUUACUGACAA